AUGAAGCACAUGCUCGCAUUGGGUGUCAUUUUUACCGCCAGCGUGGCAAAUGCUUUGUAUCUCGCUGAUUGUGACCAGGGCGUCAAUUGCGAUUGUCCAGCAGAUCUAAAAGGCCAACUUAAGAUCUACAGGGGGAAAAUAUUUGUCUGUACCGGAAGUAGAUGGAGUCUAUACGGAAAUUAUGGGGACAAGUCUCAUCCGGGUUCUUCCUGCAAAGAUAUUAAGGAUCGCAAAGGAGAAGAAAGCGCAAAUGGGAUCUACUGGAUCAAACUAAAGGGUAGAACUCAGAUCUUGAGCUGAGAGUUAAGUUCAGAACCAAGUACCGUAAAUCCUCUAUUAAGCCCCCUGGGGGCUUAUUUAUUUCAAACACAUUUGAGGGGAGGGGGCAGGGUUAAUAGAGGAUUUAACGUAGUUUAAAAGUUGGAUAGCGCUAUCGGCCGGAUAAAUGGCUAUGAAGUGAAUAAGUGCUAGGGAAACCAAUUUCCUACUCCAGAGACUGUAAGGGGAAUGGGUACAAGCUUUCGGCGCAACGAUUUCCGGGAACGUUUGGCUGGACAAGCGUUACUUAUGAUUGGUUAAUAGUUGCCUUGAAGACCAUCGACCAAUCAUAACUAACACUUGUCCACCCAAAAGGACAAGAAGCGACCCCGAAAUCAUUGUACCAAAAGCAUACACCCAUCCCCGUUAUAGCUUCUGUAAGAGUUAUAGUUUCUGGGAGAUCUAUCAUUUGGACAGUGCUAUCUACCUUUGAAUAUUUGGGGACUGAACGAAACAGGCCAAUGAGAACUAUAUUGUCACUGUAGUUAAAUAUCGUAUAAUUUGUUAUUCAUUGACGUUUAUCACUUCAAAAACUUAAAUUCAACGCAAAUAGUGAGGGGAACGGGCUUCCAUUAAAAACCAAACGAGUUAAACUUUGAAAUUGCACUCAAGUUCUUUCUUUUUGUAAGUUUGAUAUCGCCUUGUUAGAGAAUAUCAGUAAUCCAGACCCUGACAUAAGGAGGGGGGGCAGUCUCCGAAAAAAUUUUUUUCGGCCCUUUGGGCCUCAGUUUGGUCUAAAAAUAAGGGGGGCGCCCCCCCGGGCCUCUCCUCUGGAUCCGCCACUGGUAUGUUUUCUUCAAUGACGACAAAAUUCGCCUUGAUGUAAGGGAAUCUAAGAUAGUCUUAGAUUCUGGAUUUUAUAUCGUGGAUUCGGAUUGCAGGUGUUGGACUCCAGAUCUUUGUCAGUGGACGUUGGAUUCCGGAAUUCCAAUCUUAAGGGGGAUUCCAGAUUUCUAGAGCUGUAUUCCGAAUUCCAAAGCCCAGGAUUGCGGAUUCCACAAGCAAACUGAAAACUUCCGGAAUUCCGGAGUCCGGAUUCCCUUACAUUGGGUGACAAAGAUAUAUUCAUGUCACUUUUGCGAAUUAAGGCUUGCCAGACUAGUCAUUAUGGAAUGUGAACUCUACUAUUAACCAGAACUGUUCAACCUAAUCAGUAUAUUCCUAUAUGAAGCACGCACGGAAGUGAUGGGUUUGUCGAGAAAAGUUUCAAAAAAACCCCAAUUUAUUGUCACGAAAAAUGCCGCAGUUUGGCACUUCUGACUUUUGGUAUUAAGCACCCUUUUUAAAAGUCCCUUGAAUUUCAUUGACACAAACCUGAUUAAAGCUAAUUUUCAAGUAUUGCUUUUUCACAGGUCAAGACGAGGCUUUCCCAGUUUACUGCGAUAUGGACAACGGAGGCGAGUGACUGAUACAGUUGUUUUAGUUUUUUUUCACUCGUUUCAAUUAGCAAAUUCAUGUUAUUUUUGGUUUAUGUAUGAACCGCCCGGCCCCACCGUGGGGCAUUUGCAGCUUUUCCAAAACCAAUGACAAAUGCCCGACAAAUGCUCCAAGGCGGGGGAAGGGGGGUGGGGGGGGGAGGAUGCGGACGUACGCUUGGAAUUGUGACUGACCCAUAAAGCAUAAGUAACUUCACAUUCUGUCAUGCGACAUAACAUUCAUUCCCAUUUCCGCUUUCAUUUUUACAGGCUGGACAAUGGUGUUUAAGGCUGUGACCAGAAAGGGAAAUGUCUAUGAAUUUUACACCUCUAAUAGAACUUACUCCGAGGAUGUGAAGUACGCUCUUGAUGUGACUAAAAAGCACCCCCAUCACUACAAGAACAGAAUAGUUUUAAACUGGGAAGAUUUUAAACCAUCCGAGGUAAUUUCUUUGGGCUUGUCCCCUACCCAUUCGAAUAACACACUUAGAACUACACCUCCCCUGAAUACUUGUACCCUGUUUCCCUUUAGGCCUCUUAUUUAUAGAGGAAUGACGUCCCAAGCAGAAGAGUCACUCGCCUACUCGAGCUACCCUGGGCGAGCAAACGUUUCAUAUGCCUUUCCUUACAAAACGUAGCGAGCCGAUUACAUAAAAAAACAUAAAAAUUGGCUCGGUUAGCCAGUCAACCUUUUACGAUGACAGGGAAACCAUCCCUAGCUGGGCCAACUUUUCUCCAUGUAAACACUAGCCCAGUCGGAUCAUCAGGGUCAAGGCGCAGAGACAAUCAGAGCAUGCGCGAGUUUUGUUAGCUUGGGCGAAGGAGUCAACUUUCAUCUCGUACGCUCGCUAAAAUUGACUCGGCUGGAAGGGUGUCCCUCUACACCGUAAUUUUAACGAGUUAUUAUAACUCCAAAAAUAGAGUAAAAAUUUUAGGUACAGGAUAACCCUUUUUUUGGGUUAUUUCAACUCCUAAUUUAACUCCUAAUCUGGGUCACUUUUAUUCCUGAAAAAGAGUUAUUUUUACUCCCAGUCUGGAGUUAAAAUAACUCCGAAAUGGGGUUACUUUAACUCCUCAGAUGGGUUGUUUUUACUCUUUUUGGAGUUAAUUUAACUCUGAAAGUGGAGUAUAAAUUUUAGGUACAGGAUAUUUCCUUUUUUAGGGUUAUUUUAACUCCUCAAUAUCUGGGGUCACUUUUACUCCCGAAAAAGAGUUCUUUAAACUCCUUUUUGGAGUUAAAAUAACUCCCCCAAAAAUAACUCCACUGUAAGGAGUUAAAUUAGCCCCACUAGAGGAGUUAUUAUAACUCCUUGAACAUUACUGUGUACCCGGGAUAGGUUUUCUCCAUAUAAACGAGGAAACGUACAAAAACGUGUUCUGCACCACACGCAAAUCUCAAUUUUAUCAAGUUGCAUGACUAACUGAUUUGUUUGUGAUUUUGAAAGGCUAGAGUUGCUCUCUAUACAAGCGGAGAGCUACAAAAGGAGUUGAAAUUCAACGCUACAGGAUCGAACAACCGCAACUGGUUCUCUUGCUCGGCUCUGACUCAGAGCUCCUGGUUUGACAUUCCAACUGAGCAUCACAACUACUUUUCCAUCUAUGGAUCAGUGCACAGUCCACAUGAUAAACGUCACUUCUUUAUCAACCGGAAUUAUCACGGUUGUCCCAAAGAUGCAGGAUGGAUGGUGAUAACUGAACUGGAGCACUGCGAUUGGGAGAAGAAUAAGAAGAACGCCAUACUGUACAGCAAGCUUCCGGUUUAUACAAACUGGAACAUACAUAGUGAGUAACAACUUUAAAAUGGACAACAAUAAACGUUUCCCGUCUCAACCAACAUUUACCCCAACUCUACUCUCUUGUUUUCUGCCUUUUGAUUACUACUAGUAUCAACAACAGGAGGGGGGUGGGUGCUCAACAAAGUUUUAUACGGCAAGGCUCCGCCCGGCUCGAGGUCCAACCUCUUACCCUUUUAUAGUAAAAUCCAACUAGUGGUCUAUUAUCAAUGCUGCGUUCAGAUUGGUUGAGCUACUACUAGGCUAUAUGUUAUAGCCCACUAGUAGAGAAAAAAGCGGGCUUUUUGGCGGCAAAAAAAGAAUUAAUGUCUAGCUUUAACAAGCUAAAGUUGUUUUGUCUCGAUAUUUUUGACAAACUUAGUUGGAUUUUACUAAAACAAUUAUUCCUCUCGCCCUCAUGGCCUCUGAGUCAAUAGCCCAUUCGGCCUUCGGCCUCAUGGGCUAUUGACUCAGUGCCCAUUUGGGCUCGAGGAGCUUGUUUAAUAUACCCACUGCUUUCGUAUACCUUCUAUUGACAAAUGGUAUCCCUUUCACAUGUCUUGUUUAGACUUUGCAUUUCUUUUAACUGCCAUAAAUGUACUGUCUUUUAAAUAUGAUAAACCAGAACGUUUUCCCGGCUUUUUCACAGCCAUAAAUGCAUCUGUUAGUCCUUUUGGACCUUUUUACAGACCGAAAUGACAGAUUCCCCUACCCUUUUAUAUAUACUUCAACAAGUGGUAUCCCAGUGACUCUAUCAUAUACCUGAAGCCUGAACAUGGUACCCCUUUCGGGCGGAACCUCCCCGUAUUGGCUAUUAUAGGGGGUACCCAAAGGCAUAACUCAUGUGGCUUCUUUGUGGGAACCGACGUUUGAAAAGUAGGCGUCUUUUGUAAAUAUUAAUAUUCGAAAGAAAUAAGCAAAUUUACCAGACUUUUGGUGGUUGUCCUUUUAACAACCAUCGCUUAUUUUCCACCGGUCUAGUAUUUCUUUUCGGCUUUCUUUCUUUUCUCAGAACGACCCUGAUUUGGUAAUGAGCUCGGCCCUUGCCCAACAGGCAAUUUCCGAGUUGAACCAAGCGUCUAUUUCAAAGCUAGGCUAAUUACAAAGUCAUUAGUGUGAAAAUGAUUUUUAUUCUCAUUUGGUAAAACGGAUAACCAAAACUUGUUUUGCAAAACUGCUGCAAACUAGUUUUUUUUACCACCCACUGACGUUGAAACCUGUCUUGCAACAAAUCAGGUUGUUGCAAAUUGCGUGAAUACCCAUGACUUCUGAUUGGAUAAAAUUACGCGAGAAUCACGCUUUACACCGGAUUUGCGUCACUUGCGGCAAGACAAGUUUGCCUUAGGCUGGUAAAACGCGCGACAUGUACAGAUUUUGUUACAAAGAGUAAAAGUAUUCUCUAGUUUCUGCAACAAGUUUUCGGAACCUCAUUUGCUGUAAGACAGGUUUGAACGUAGAUGGUAAAAUGCGCAACAUUGCUUUUCAACUCGUUUUGUAGCAGUGCUGCAAAUAAAUUACGUUGCACGUUUUUGUUGUCCAUUUUUUCGUACCUUUAACCCGAGUUUGAAUGUGAGAGUGUUUGAAACUCGGAAAUGGCCAUAAAACUUGUCAGCCUUGUGGUUACUCUUGUACAGUAAAAAGCCUUUCAGAAAAACUGUUUCAGAGUUCAGAUGGUAGUGCGAGGGCGAACAAUUGACGAGGAAAAAAACACAGUUUUUUCUUCUCCUUUUCCACGCGUACAAUCGCUCCCUACCAUCUUGAACGCCGUGCUCUACUAACUGAAUGCCUGGAACAGGCUACCUUUCAGGUCUCAACUAUGUUCUCGCUGUUUAAACCUUUUAUUUCAGAGAAUGUCCUAGAGGCAGAUGUCUUGGUAGUCUACGUGCGCUGA